UAGAUUUGUUUUAAUUGCCGAACGUUAUCUGGAAAAAUGUUUUCACGAAAUAAGCAGUAUCGCGUAAUUAUACGACGACCUUUGCUCCAGUCUCCCGUGGCAGAGAUUACGAUUAUAGUCCAGAAAUUCUUUAGUGAAACAUAAUGGCGAUUAGGAACGAUUCGAAGCAGUAGCUUGUUUAGAAUAAUGCCUCCCAACGGGAUUUUGAGUAUACUUGAAGUUAAUGCUCUACCCACGGAACAGUUCGAAUGGCUUUUUGGAAACGUGAUCGAACACUGUCCGGAGGCGGCUGGAUGGGUGGCAUCAAAACGACCUUUUCUUUCAACGGAAUCGUUAAGAAAUGCCUUCGACGAUUAUUUGGACAACCUGAAGGUGCACGAGAAAGAAAAUGUGCUGAUCAAGCAUCCAGAUUUGGCGGGUAAAUUGGCCGAGGAGGGAAAAUUGACCACCGAAUCACAGAACGAGCAAAAGUGUGCAGGACUCGACGAGAUGACGCGGGAAGAAAAACAAACGUUGGGGAAUUUUAAUGCCAUGUACAAGGAAAAAUUUCACUUUCCAUUUGUCAUAUGUGCCCGGGAAAAUAAAGUCGCAGCAAUUCUGAGUGGCAUAGAAAAUCGUUUGAACAAUUCUCCCGAGACGGAACUUGACAUCGGAAUUCAAGAAGUCAAGAAGAUAUGCAGGAUUCGCCUUCUAGACGUCGUCUGGUCGGAUGCUCGAUAAGUUUGUUGAAGUAAUUUGUUUACAUGCCUCGUAAGCGUGGAUAAUUUUUACUUUUUUUACUCGGAGAUAAUAUGCCGAUUAAGAAUCUUACCAUACAUGUAACAUAAUAAAUUGGUAUUUAUUCUUAAGUAUUUUCGUAAGCCAUUGCUGACUGUUCGACAAUUUGACGAAAUUUUUUUAAUCAUGUGAACGAGGAUUCAUACGUAAAUAUCAAAUAAAAAGAACUGCA